AUGAAUAUUUGUAAAUACACAACGAAAAGAAAUUACCAAAGCAACUGCCACAUUCUGAAAGUUCACUACAGAAGAGCACAUGGAGAUAACAGCAUCCAUGAAAAACAUCUUGCUCUCAAUACCCCCAACGAAUGCAUGAAAUUUUAUACAGAAGUAUUUAGGGAAGCAAACCAGUUUUACAGGUCAAUUAAAUACGGCUGUUAUGAACAAUUACAGGGCGAGUAUGGAAAACGAAGGUUCAACUAUAAUCCUUAA